UAAAGUGGUUUAAGUGAUAAGUGUAAUUAGUGUUGAUUGGACUAACUAUGGAGUCUAUGACUGUGUAUAGGAUACUAGAAGAUAGAAAACAUGUUCGUUUUCAGUCCCCAACUAACCAACGUGAUGUCUCAAAUGAGAAAUGCAAGCAAGGUCAAAACAUGUCGACUGUGCGGUGGGCAGAGAGUCUUAAGGGAAGGAAACUUGUGACGACCACGCAACAAAUAAAUCUAAAGAAUCAGACACAUGGUGGCACAGGUGGGCUAGUCAGCUAUGAGGACCUUCUGAUUGCCCAGUACCUUGAUGAACUGAGAAAUUCGAAGAAAACCAAACAGACAAGAGAAGAGAGUCCAAAACCUUCACCCUACACACAGAAACUUCCUCAUUCUGACUACACAUAUAAAUACCGCACAAAACGGCCAGUGUCUGCCUCUAACAUAAGUAACUCUGGAAAACCAAAAAUUGACGCAAAGUUCAUUGCUGAUCCAAGUCUAUGGGAUCCUGCCACCCCCAGAAACAACAACGAUGAAGGUCCAGAAAUGUACCAAGUUAUUGUGACUGAGAAAAGUUUGAAAGCCCGACAACGACCAGCAAGUGCUCCUGUGAAAAGAAAUAAGUUAAACCGUCCAACCAGUGCUGCAUCUACUUUGUCAUAUUACAGCAGAGCUCGACCUUUCUCUGGCAAGUCAGCCACAUACUAUGGAGGACGAAAGAUCAAAUCACAAUAUAAGAAACAACCACAUACGAUACGUGUUACAGCAUUUAGGAACGGAACACGAGAACCUUUCAUCAGACUGGCAGCACCAAGCAUUAAAAUACUGUUAGAGUUUUGUACGGACAAAUUAAACCUCCCAUUUGCUGCCCGACGUGUGUUCCUGGAAGAUGGGAUAGAGGUUUUUACUGAGAAAGAUAUCCCUGUGGAUUCAGAGGUGUAUAUAUCUACUGGAGAGAAUUAUAAAGAUCCUUACGCAACCACUAAAAGAAAUAUAAUAUUGAAUAAUGGUGCUAAAUGGACCCUUACUGGAGUAAUGUUACCAGAAGAGGGCAAGAAAAAAGUGUCUAAACCACGACUGUCUAAGAGAAUGAAGAAGCUAGCGGAGGUGAAGCGUGUACGUAUUAUUGUAUACAGAAAUGGUAAAUGUACAGAACCUGUUGAAGUUGUUGCUGAUUUGUCUAAUAUAGAAGAGUUUCUAGUGGCAUGCACAGCUAAACUUGAUCUACGGAGUCAUGCAAGGAUUUUAUAUGAUUGGGAAGGAAAUGAAAUCACAUCACUUGCAGAAACACCAAUUUUAGAUGAAUGUUUGCAGCCAGGGGGUACCUAUGUUCUAGGACCUGUAUGGGUGUCAACCAGUGAGGGUUUCAGCCCAUCAGGUACCAGAGAUUUCUUGAUCACAAUUAAAGAGGUCCUCAGAAGUCGCAUCAAAGAGGCAAAAACCUUCAGGAAAGAGCUGUCACACAUGAAGGACGGAGAGGAAGAUCAGAUCAAGGUCGCCAUCAAAAUUCUCUCCAUGUCAAAAGAUGAAGUAGAGGAAGCCCUUACUUAUACUGACCGUGACCUAGAGCAGUUAAAUGCCACACUGGAGAGGAUUGAGGAGAAGUUGUUGAACCUUCAGGAGAUGGUGGACAAGGAGGAGGAGGAGGGGACAAAUUAUAGGAUGAGACAUAUCAAAACACUGCCUGAAAGUAGGUCAUACAAAAUGGUUGGAACACCGGGUUUGAAACUCAAGGUGCAUGAGAAUGGAACAGUGAAUGCUCCGAGAGAUUUCUACUUUAAUGUACGCAAAGCUACUCAAGGAAGUACGAAGGAGAUCUUGUUACAAAGACUUCUGGAUGAGUUAUCAGGUGCAUUUGGAAAUCCACAAAAUCCCAAAUUAGCACCUAUUGCCAAGAAGAUUUUCAAUCAGUUUGGACGUGAGAUCACAGAUGUGUUCACUCUACAAUCGGAGGAUGAAAUUUGGGUCUCGUUUGGCGAAGCAUACAUAUCACCAUUUACAUAUGCACUACAAGUUAUAUUUGAUAUGGCAAAAGGAACGCAGUUGUUGGAUGAGAGAAAGGUGAUUUUGCGAGAACAGCUAAUGCCAGAGGAUGGCAUUAUUGAUGGAAUGACUGACUAUGAGAAUUACGAUGCAAGUAUUGGGUUCCCGGCCGUCUAUGACUAUCAUCAGUGUAAAUUUGAGACUGAGCAGUCCUUAAUUCUUAACAAUGCCACCAUGGCUGAGUUAGAUGAACGUGGACAUUUCUUACAGUUUAUGCCUAGUCCAAAAAAAGUGUUAUAUCCUGAGAUCAUCAUGAACCACAAGUUACCAAAAGGACACAAAGAACUCUGGCCAGCGGAGUCCCAGAUCUGGGUCAUAUCAAAGUCUGGUUUCAUCUACAUCAAACCAUUCCCUCAGCUGUGUUUGGCGGUAACUGAGGUAAAGAUUGAGACUAAGUUGACUGGCAAGGAAACCAGAGUGACAGGAUAUGCUGUCGCUCUACAGAAAAAAAUGGUUGGUAACCCUCAUCAACUCUGGACAUUUAACCCGGAUGCUACAGUAGCAUCUAAGGCCUAUCCAGAAUUAUUAUUGACAUACCUGGGUAAGAAGUUUGGUGAGGAGACAGAAGACAGUGAACAACCAGAAGGAGUGAAGCCAGGUAGUCGAGUAUAUAUGCUCGUUACUGAACCUCUUGUCAAGAAAGAUAAAGCAUAUCAGAGGUUUGCCCUGAAACAGGAGAAGUUUGGAAACUUGGGUCAGUGGAAGUUUAAUGAUGCUACUAAUCCAGAAUGGAACAAACAAGCUCUCUCCUGGCCUGUCAAAGCUGAUGGCCAACUUAAUAUGGAGUAUGACUGGCCAAUGGAGGGUUAUAUUUUACCAUUUGCCCCAAAACUACACAAGAAAGAAAGUGCAGAUGAUGGCCUUGUUGGAAUGACGCCACUUAGGUUAUUGGCUGUAAAGAACGGAGAGAGGAACUUACAAAUGGCUGUACCGAUUGUUGGUCCCAAUCUUACCAAUUUUAUGAAAGAUUUAUCAAAAAAGCCACCAAAACCUGACAAGAAAAAUCGUCGUCGGCAACAGCAACAGGAGGAGGCCAUCAUGUCACAACAGGAUAACACUACAGAUAACAUCGAACUUGAUGUUAAUCUACACUGUCGAGAUCUGUCCAUCCGGGAACUUGAGUUCAGCAUGUUCCUUGACCACUGCACAUCACUACUCAGUCUACCAUUUGCUGGACGUAGAUUGUUUGAUGAGAAUGGUAAUGAGCAUUUCACCUUGAAAACAUUAAAACGGGACCAGCUGGUGUAUGUUUCCUGUGGCGAGAUCUGGACGGAUCCUAGACUCACGAAAAUGGAACAACAGCGACGUUUCUUGUUGUCUCAGAUAUCCCAGGAUGUUGCUAAAAUGAGGCAGUACGCAGCACUGAGAAAUCCUGAAAAAUAUGUGUUACAAGUUGACCCAAGUAUGUCAGCAGGUUCACCGGUUCUUAUAAACAGACAAUGGUCAAAGGAUGACGAUGAUACCGAGAUGGAGAGACAGAGUAUGGCCUCCGGGUUACCUCCAAGUGUAGACUCAAACCCUCAAAUACAAACUAUAGAGGAUAUGGACGGGACUAAAACCUUCCACCAGAUGGCUCAUGAGAAAUCAGAAAAACGCUUGAACAAUCUUAAAUGGCCCUGGGAGAGACUGGUGAAUGUCAAUAAUAGUUUUGACACUGAUCCUGAAGCUAAUAAAUACACAGACAGGGAGAUGUAUGAAAAAUACAAACCAAAAGCAAUUACAAAGAUUUCCCGAGAUACACUACAAAGGUUUGUUUAUGAAGAUGGAUAUAUUGCCCUGGCAACCAAUCGUCAGUUGGUGUUGGGCGUGUCGGAGCCCGAGGGUCGUAUUGUUGAGGUACAUCUUGUGAAAAGAAGGCCUGAUGAUAUAUACCAGCAAUGGCUGAUGAAAGAAAAUGGAGAAAUUCGUCCCAGACAUAGUCAGCAAGUAGUGCUCACCGUUUCCAUGCCAAACAAUGAACCGUUUGCAGAGGACGAGGAGGGUCGACCUUUGACCUUUAUUGGGUGCAAGGUCAUGUUACAGACACGUAGAACAAAUGAGUUUGGAAAAGCUCACCAGAGAUGGAGAUACGAUGCUGAGAGUGGAUUUAUUCAUGCAUUUUAUGCAGAUCUCCCCGACAAGGAGAUUACGGCUGCAAACAAAGCUGACGUCUGCACAUUCGCUAUAGCAAACACGUCAAAGAUUGAUCAACCGCAAUUGGGAAGUUUUUAUUUUCAAUGGGAAAGUGUCAUCGUCUACGAUAUACUGACACUACAAGAAGGAGGAGAAAGGCUAAAUGUCGAGGCAACGAAGGGCCAUAAAACCAAGGAAAUCAAUGUCGAAACCUUCAGACUAAAAUUUUCACGGGCGAUACAAAACUAUAAAACAUUGAUGGCAGAUCAUCUAGAAAAACUAUACCAGGGUAAACAAGGUGAAGAAGAAAACUUUCAGAGAGGAGAAGGGGAGGGACAAGAAAAAGAAGGGGAGGGGCAAGAUGAUGAAGGGGAGGGGCAAGAUGAAGGUCCUGACAAGGGAGAAACUGACGCCAAGGAAGCUGAUAAAACUUCACGUCAGAGAGAAUACCUACUCAGUCAAGUACGUCUGCCGUCUGAGGAAACUAUUCUACGUUAUCCUAUAGAAAUCUGGGUAUCUAGUGGCAAACCUUUUGUUGCACCCGAAGUUGUUGAAUCAAAGAUGGAGAACAGGAAGAAGAAGAGAGCAUUUAGGUCAGCAGUGUCUGUAGAACUCGACAUCGAGAAACAUGUCCUUAGACAAAUGAAAGGGAGAAGACUUGAUGAACUAAGUCCUGGAGAGUACAAGGGCACCAAGAAUAGCAAUAAACCGGUGGUAGUAGAAGGUCAUUGGGAGGAGCCGACCCCUGAAGAACAACAGAAACAUGACACUGUCCAUAAGUUACAGGAGCACCUUGCAGAAGUAAAGCAAAACCAGAGAGAGAAAACUGUUCCUCUUACACUGAACUUGAAUAAAAGUUUAUACAAACAGCCAGAUACUAAACGCAUCUUGGCCUAUCCUAACGGAGAAUCUGUGGAGCGAGCUACGUAUAUCUGGGGUGACAGUUUCCAGCAUCUUCUCGAUAGUGCUACAAUGAGACUGAAUCUUUGGCAACCUGCCAGGAGAUUCUUCACAAUGGAGGGAAAAGAGGUAACAAAGUUCUCGGCUAUAGAGAAGGAUGAGGUGUUAUGUGUAUCUACAGGUAAACCAUUCAAACAUGGACAAUCUAGCAGACUGGAUAUAGAGAUCAAAGCUAACUGGUCACGUGCUCAUAAACAAUAUGGUCCUACAUCAACAGAUGUUCGUGUUGAGGCUCCGGCUAAUCCAAAAGUUAAUGUUGAUCCAUUCGGACCACCAGCCCUGGCAUUGCCCUUGACCAAUGGAGAACAAAGCUCAACUAGACCACAGUCUGCAAAACCAAAAUAAAACAAUUAUGACAAUUAUUAACAGUGUCUGACUUAAUAGGCUGAACACCACAAUGGUGGUGAAAAUUGAUUUCUGACUUAUCAGGGUAGAAAUUAGAUCAAAAAUAUCAUUUGUGUAAGUAGAGAAAGGUCGUGUAAUUCUUCAUAGAAUCAACUUUGCUGUACCUUGUAGAUGCUUGUAGUGUCAUUAGAGAAAUUGGAGCAGGGCAAAAAAAUAGUCGCCUCUACAGCAGACGAAACUUUUAUGAAGACUUUAAAAUGGAUUGAGUUGAAGGAAUGAUUUUUUAAAAAGUUUUAUGAAUGAAAUUAUCUGAAAAAGGCAUUAUUGAAAGGUAGAGAUGUCUCACUUUCUAUUGAAUACUCCUUUACUGAGAAAAAUGGUUGUGAAAUUGUUACAGGCAUAUUAUUAUCUUGUUUUUAAUCUAUUAAAGGUGAAUUUAUUUACUAUUUGAUAACUAUUUGGUAACAUUUGUAAAUAGGUCUGAUUCUGUAAAAAUGUUUUUACAUUGUGCUAGAUAUGAGUGUUCAAUUUGAAUCGAAAUUCCACAAUCCUUGACAUCCUGUGAUAUAUAUAUUGAGGGUUGACUGCAAAACUGCUGUAACAUGUAUGAAAUAAAGAAGGACUUACAGCGGUUUUGCAGUUAACCCUCAAUAAUUAUGAAUUGUACAUGUUUAAUCUUAGAUAUAGCAUAAUUUUAUCAUAUUUUCUACAUUAUUUUCUUUGUACUAUUUUGAGAUGUUUCAGUAUUUGAUUUUUUAGUCCUUUUUGGCAUAUUUAAAUUGUUCUUAUCAGAUAUGCUACAGGGAAUGAUUUUUUUUGCAAAGAAAAGUCACCUACACAAGUCUUUAUUGAAGUAUAAUGCUAAAGAAAAGAAAUGUUUCCUCAAGGUUUGCCACAGUAUCUUCUAUUAACCCAAAGAAUAGAUUAUUUGUGUUAUCUUUUACAAAACACAAAGAUUUUUUUUAACAAAAAAAGGAAAAGAAAUUAAAAAAGUCUUAGUCACAAAGAUUAUUUUUAUUUAUUUUAUUUUUUGGGGGGAAUUAUAAUGAACUGUACUAUAUUACAUUGAUGUGAUAGAAACUUGUUUUUAUUUCAAUAUUUAUUUUGUUUUUACAUUUUUAAAACAAUUUAUAUUAUAUAUAUUUAUAUUUAUUUGUGAUACUUUACCACAGUAAUGGUAUAAAACUUUUGUUUAAAAGUUCUGCCAGAAGCAUUUGUUUAUUAUUUGCAUGUAUUAGUCUAAAAGUUGCAGUCAAAAUCAUUUUUGAAAUAUAUUCUGUAUAAAUCUCAUUUUAUAAGUAUCGCCAUUUUUUUAUUAACACAUUCCAUGUCUUUGUUACGUACAUAUACAUGUAUUUAUAGAUUUACUUGAAAUUCUGUCUAUCCAACUGGUGUUAGUAAUUUGUUUUAUUUGUCUUUGUUUUUUUUGUUUUUUAUUUAUUUGUAAAUUUUUAAUGAAGCCACCCAUUCACAUUCCAGUGUUCUUCCUUGUAACCAUGGAGAUCUGAGCAUGCUAAUGCCUUUUAUGUGUUUUUAGAAAGGAGGUUAAUCUGUCUCAAAGCAUAUUAUUAAUUAUCGGUAAACUAAUUCCAAAAUUUCCAACAUUAAACCAAACAUUCCGUCCUGUUUACAUACAGAUUGUUGCAGUUUUACAUGUACUUUGUAGUUCUAUUUAUUUCACAUUUUCUUUAUUAUAUCUUAAAUUUGUGUAGUGUAUUGGAAUGCUUUAUUGAUAAGAAGUAAAAAAAAGUUAAAAUAAAAUAGUUCAUUUAGAAUAUAGCUAUACAGUUUGUUAGCUUCAAAGAGCUGAAAUUUAAGGUGAAAAAUAGUAAAAAGUGUAGUUCUUAAAUGCCAUUGUAAGGCAUUAACAUAUCUCAAAUAAUCUGGUGGUUAGUAUUAUUGUAAAUCUCAAUAUAUCAACAAAAUUUGUUCCUAGUUAACUCCCUUAACAUCAUGUUUAACAUUUGUAAAUUCUGUAAUAAAAUGUUGAGGAUGAAUAUCAUUUUUUUUUCUAAUUAUAAAUUAUUUUGGAAUAAUACAUGUGUUUAUGUCAGAUUCUGUUUAGAGCUUGUAUUUGGUUUAUGUACAGUUGACAUCGGAAUGAACAAUAUUGGCUAAUGUUGGUCAGUGACAGAAUGAUAUUUUCCAACAAUUUUAUGAAAUCACUUUUACUUGCUUUUUAUGGUUGUGUUAGAAUGGGUUGUGAUAGACUAUUUUAUGGUCAUUUGUGAUAGAUGUUUUCUUUGUUAUAAAAUGUAGAAAAUAAAAUAUGACUAGAAUAAAAAAGGAAAUAAAAAGA